AUGACCCAAGAUGCUGAAAGUGGCCUGACUAUAGAAGAACUCAACAGCACAGAAAUCGAAGAAGGUUCUUUAACAGGGGAGAGCUCCUCACAUAUAUUUGGAAGACAAGUAGUGACUUCGUCCAUCACAAGCAAUCCUGAACAACAUAAAGACCAAGCCUACCACGUGGUCAUGAAACAUAAAGGGGAUUUUGUAGAUCAUGAUAACCAUUCUUAUAUUUGUGCGCACGAGGGAAACAAGUGUAGUGGCGUCCAGGUUUGUCCUCAUAAAGCCACCAUAGACCGAGGCAGUCCGUGUAGCUGUGAUGGUAUCAGACUUUACCCUGAUGAUGUCUUCACAGAUACAGUGGAAGGAAGACAACAACUUGAUCAUAUACAAAAACUUCAAAACAGAAAAGGAAAUCUUGAGGAAAACUUAAAAAAAUUGGAGGUUAAUGAAAUGACUGAAACUAACCUGGCCGAUGAUGUGUUCACUGUUCUGGAGUUAGAAAGAUCCGUGUGUAAGUUAGAAGACACAAAAAUCCAGCUUUUUAGGCAAGAAAAUGCACUGCUCAAGAAGAAACUGAGCCAGCUCCAAUUUGAUACGCAGUGCUUAACAGAGCAAAAUGCUAGCUUUAAAGGAACGAUUAAUAAACUAAUGGAAGAGAAGAAUAUUGCUGAGCUGUGCUUAGCCCAAGCAGAACAGGACAGGGAACUCCUUGUCAAAGAAAUGAACAUGGUAAUAGAAAAAUGCGAACAAUUAGUAAGAGAAAAAAAACACAUUCUAAGUGAGAAAAACCACCUUACUAUCGAGAAGCAAUUUAUGUCAAAAGAAAUUCGCAAACUAAAAAUUGGUAAUUGGAGAAUGGAGGAAGAACUGGCUAUAAUCACCAGGGAGAAAGACAAGAUCGCAAACUUAGUCAAAUCAAUCCACCAAGACUUGUUGACACACACCGACGAGAAGCUGCAACUGCAGUUAAAAUUAAGAGAUGCGUUGACUGAAAACAAUCAACUGAAAAGGCAAUUAGCUGAGAGCAAAGUCCAGAGUUCUGAUCCAAAUGAAUCCUGCCUGCACCUUAUGAAGUUUCACGGCAACAAAACAAAUCCAGAAUCGGAUCUGGAGAGGAGUGUCAUUACCCCCUUAGGCUCCAGCAGUGAACAUUAUGAACCGUUCUUCCAUGAUCAGCUCCUUCACGAAAUAAAGAACCUGAAAGCCAAAAAUCUCAUGUUAUGGACAAGUUUCUGUGAAAAUGGCCAGAAAUGUCAGUUUCUCAGCAAAUUAGUCCAUGACCUUAAAAAUGACAAUAACAUGAUGAAUGUGGACCUGGAGGAAAGGGCAAAAACCAAUGCGGUGUUGGAAUCCAAAAUUAAGAACCUAAUAGAAGAAAAAUUUUCCUGUGAAAUGUGGAUAACCAACCUGGAAAACCAUAAGGAGAUGAUAAAACUUAAACUGUACGAUCUUCAAGGCAAUUUGCAUAGAUACAGGGAGCAUAUUAGUGAUGAUCAGAUUUACAAGGAGCUUCUCACCAGACAUCAUCAAGAAGAAGGAAAUCACGGAUACUGUGAAUUGUGUCAGGGGAUAUACAAUCACCAACAUAAGGCAAAGCUGUUAGCUGUUGAAGCAAACAGAAACAUUACUGCAAUUCAAAGAUUAUUAAUGGAAGAAUGCUUUCAGAGAGACUCCACCUAUAAAAAUCCUGUUAGUGUUCUCAUCCCAUUCAACUUUACAAGCUCUAUAACAGCAGCCCGGAGAAGAUCAUCAUACGAGCAUGCCGAUGCCAGGCAGGAACAUACUGAUGCAGCGUCCCUGGUAUCUGAACAUAGCUUAACUAACAUGAGCGAUUUCACCAUCGAGUAGUGAUUGGGUUGCGACGGAAAUAAAGCACACACGCUGUUAAACAAAGCUGUUGUAGUUUUUGUCUGCAUUAAUCUACUUCUAAGGACACUCCAAUGUACCAGGCAGCCUUUUAAACAAAGAUAGCAUAUUAAGGUACUUUGUGAGUACUUUAAUAUGCCUUCAU